CGGGAAUGCGCUGAGGAGCCGCCGCCGCCGCUGCUGCUGCUGAAGGCCUCGCGACCCGUCACGAAAUGCGACUGAAGGGAAGAGGAGAGCCGCUGUAGAGGAACCGUGAAAGAAGCCUGCCAUGUCCGGUCCCACCUGGCUUCCACCGAGGACUCUGGAUAGCCCCGAGCGAGCCGCCCCCCAGAUGUCUCACUCUGCAGGGUCAGCGAUCUACCGAGCCCCCAACAAGAAAGGGACGCCCGACUUCCGGCCAAAAUAUGGCCCCUAUGACCAGAACGGAGGAGGAGGAGCAGGUGGGGGUGGAGGAGGUGGGGGUGGGAUGGCCAACAGGUACAUGGCUACCGGACCCACGGGUGGGCCCAUUCAUCACUCGUCUAGCGACCACUAUUACCCCCCUCCCCACGGCCCCAAAGAAGACCGCACCUGGAGCCCUCACAUGGACAGUUACGAGCUGAUGCACCGGGGCCCCGAAAAGCCAGCGAGCUACCACUCGAAAAUCGACGCGGACAUCGACUCCCUCACCAGCAUGCUGGCCGACCUGGACAGCCGCCCGCAGGACCCCAGCGCACAACUGUACGACAACGUGCCUUACAACCAGUACCUCUCGGGGGACCACUACAAGCCGGCGCACCAGGGCGCGGGCCCUCCCCAGGGUCGGCCGUCUAUGGGCUACUCGCCUCACCCCCAGGGCCAGUACCACCCGGCCCCCCGCUACCCCGGCGAGCACCAGCCCCCUCAGUACUCCGCCUCCCACCAGCCGGACUACUACUCCUCCUCCUCCUCCUCCCCCUCCUCCUCCUCGAACCCCAAGCCCUACCCUCAGCCCGUCCCGGCCUCCUACACCACGGCCUCCACGCCCACCGGGCCCCGGUUCAGCGUCCAGGUGAAGACGGCGCAGCCCGUCACCUACUCGCAGACGGGGAGGCAGGCCGAGCAGGCCUACACGCCGCCCCCACCCCGCCAGCACGUGCCGCGGCCCCCUCCCCAGACGAGUCCGCAGGGCUGGUACCCGCCCCACCCCGGCUCGCAGGCUCAGGAGAUGCACUCUGAGGCGGCGUACAAGGGAGGCGGCUCGGGGCCGGGGGGGAGACUCGUGCAGGUCCCGCAGUCCAAGAGGGGGGUGGAAGGUCACCAGACGGGGCCCAGUCCGGCCUAUCAGCCCAGCAAGCAGGGGAUCGCGAGCACCAGGCCCGAAGAAGAGCUGGAUCGACUUACCAAGAAGUUGGUAUACGAUAUGAACCACCCCCCCGUCGAGGACUAUUUCGGCCGCUGUUCCCGGUGCGGCGACAACGUGGUCGGCGACGGCAGCGGCUGCAUCGCCAUGGAGCAGGUGUUCCACGUGGAAUGCUUCACUUGCAUCACCUGCCACGCGCGUCUCCGGGGGCAACCCUUCUACGCCCUCGACAAGAAGAGCUACUGCGAGAGCUGCUACAUUGGUACGUUAGAGCGCUGUUCAAAGUGCUCCAAGCCCAUCCUGGACCGUAUCCUGCGGGCCAUGGGGAAGGCCUACCACCCUCGCUGUUUCACCUGCGUGGUUUGCAACUGCUGCCUGGACGGCGUGCCCUUCACCGUGGACGCCACCUCUCAGAUACACUGCAUCGACGACUUCCACAGGAAGUACGCGCCUCGCUGCUCGGUGUGCGGCGAGCCCAUCAUGCCGGAGCAGGGCCAGGAGGAGACGGUGCGGAUCGUGGCCCUGGACCGCAGCUUUCACGUCAACUGUUACAUCUGUGAGGAAUGCGGCCUCCUGCUGUCCUCGGAGGGCGAGGGUCGAGGCUGCUACCCGCUGGACGGCCACAUCUUGUGCAAGAACUGCAGCGCCUGCCGCAUCCAGGACCUCUCGGCCAAGAUCUCCACCGACUGCUAACGCUCCGCUCGCCACCCGAGGGCGGGACGUGGCCCCCCCCCGCCUUGACCCGCCAGGUGCUCUUCUUUUUUCGUUUUAUUCUUUCCUUUUUAAUUCUUUUGCUGCCCCCAUGGCUACGACAUAAACUCCGCUACAGCGCCCUCUGUUGGUCUCCGGCUGUGUUUCUGCUUGCGGAGGAACGUUUCCUGCGUCUCCUCCACCUUUUUUCAUUCAGACGUCCUUCCACGUUUGUUAGUUCAGUAUUAAGUAUGACGCGUGACGCGUGGCCCGACCUGCAGGCAGCUCGGGCUCCACUUCACAUUUUGUCGGUACUGCUCAACUUUUAGCGCGCACGUUACAGACUUGGUUCCAAUUAUUUUUCUUUUUUUUUUUUCCAGAGCAGCAGCUUAAAGGAUGAUAACGCUCGUCUAAACUGUCUUAACUAUGGAACCCGGAGAUUUGUCGAACGUCGGUUUCCAAACUGCCUCAAAACGAGCAUAUUAAAAGCACAUCAUACAACAACUGUGACUGUACACAACCGGCUGGUUUGGUUCGACAACGAAACGGGCCCCAACCGUACUGUUCUGGAAGAGAUGUUGCCUUUGGUGCGGUGACUCUUUUCGUAGCCUCAUAGCGUGAGAAAUGUAGAAGACAAGGAUUGUGUUGUUAACCCUACAAACUAGCUGGUUUUUUUUUUGCUGUUUUUCCUCAGCUUUUAUUAAAUCCCGUUAUAGAACAAAUCUCUCAUUCUUAACGAAUACAAAUAAAUGAUCACCCACGAUAACACUUUUGAAUGUUUCUGAAACAUGUUCUUUUGCUUGAUGCUUGACUGUUACAUUGAAGAUGAUGGUGCAAUGAAGUCAAAUGCAAUUUUAGUUUAUUUUUGAUGUGGAUGUUUGUGUGAAGACGUGCGUCGCACCGAGGAAACGUGGAGCUUCGCCUCUUUUCAGUUAAAGUCGUAUUUUGGUAAAUGGAUUCACUUUACAAAUGUCAAAAAAAAUAAUUGUGGAUAUAGAUGAGAUGUAUUUUUUUUUGUUGCCACAAACACACUUGAUGGUGAUUUUUGGAACACAACUCUUCACUUGCGCGUUAGAUUUGUUUUGUCGGGCUCACCCUUGCACUCGUGUGGGCCGAGUCGUUGUCCCGUCACAAUUUGGACCUUCUGUAUUUGUUAAGGUUGUGUUGUUGUGUCUUUUUCCGUCCUCGUGUUGAAUUUGUAAAGGUUUGGAACUUUUAAGAGCCUUGAAUUCAGCUUUUUUUUGUUGUUUUUUUGGAUGAUGCUUAAACAGCUUUAUUUAUUUACCUGCGUUUAUCAUCACAGGCAUCAUUUCGUUCAUGCAACAGUGUCACUGUGAUUGUUGUGACACAUUUGGCAUUUCGGUCAAUGCCAAAUGUGUCACGCAUCAAAUCACAUGUUUUCUUUCUACUCGAUCACGUGUCAUCUUUGCUGUGUGUUUGGUUUGAAAUGCUGUGGAUUGGAGCUUUAGAUCAAAGCCUGCAGCUGACUCGUGUCCACCGAUGACUUCACGCGGAGGAGAAGGGCCAUUUUUUUUUUUACCGAUAAACAUCUUGUUAAAUUACAAAUUGCAGUUACAUUAGCCUUGAACAUGGGUACAUUUGUCUUCCUAAUACAGGUUGUAGUAACAUACUUAUUAAAAUGUCAUCAAUUCAA